AAUAAAUCAACGGCUAGUCUUGCCCUUCAUACCUAGAUUGUUCCACAAUCCACUGUGGAGUAAUGUUUUCAUUCUAUAAAGCAGUAACACCGGUCCCGGUUCUUCUCGUAACCUCAACACCUGACAUUUGGAUUUAACUCGCCCCCAAGGCUUCAGGAAAGGAUUAAAGUCCGUUAUUAUGACGACGGAAAAAGUUCAGCAAGAGGUAAAGACGGAUGGGGACCUGCGUCAGUCCCAAGCACCACAGCAUCCUGAUCUGGCACAAGAACAUUCCAUUCAAAAUGGAACAGAGCCCAUACAGAAUGACUGGCAGAACCUACCUGCAGACUUGAUACAGGUGGAACAAGAUAGAGGACCAACCGUGCCGGAAAAGGUUAUAACACCUCCUGCAAAGAAUCCUCACAUGGAGAUGCCUCCAAUCGUCUCGGAGCCCGAGCCGCAGAUGGUGACGCCACUGUCCAGACUGACAGCAAAACCAACUUUUAUCGACUGCCCCUUCUGCCUACAGCGGACUCAGACAAACGUAUCGACAGAGGGAACCUCAAUGCAGACCAUAGCAGCGGCUUUGUGCUGCCUAUUCUGCUUGUGUACAGUCUGCCUGCCGUACUUGUGUCACUGGUUCGAGGACACGCACAUCUACUGUUCACGAUGCAAGGCGAGAGUGGCGACCAUACCGCAUGACGGGCACAUUCACGUCUACCAGCCAAAUGAUCCUGCAAUGGUUGCAACCAUUUACCAGUAGCUGGUUUCCUAGGUAGCUCUUCACGUACUGGGCUAAGGAGAAUUGGCUGGCUUGUUCUGAUGACAGCCAUGGAAAGUCAGCUUCAAAUGCACAUACACGAGGAACGCGGUACUGGCAGGGCGGGGUGCUGUUGAAGCUCAGGCCGUUGCAUAGGUUACCAGAAGUAGCCAGGGAAGCUGCAAAUUUCCCUUUUCGUAGUUGCCUAUUAAUUCCAAGACGAAAAUCCCCUA